AUGUCUACCACCGUACUGUCUUCAUCGUAUGUCUCGGGAACAUAUAUGAUCCGCGUGAAUACUGAUAGUGAACCAUUCAAAGUGUAUUGCGAACAACAAGCGUACGGAGGAGGAUGGAUCGUGAUCCAACACCGUUUUAACGGAUCGCUGGACUUUUACCGUGGCUGGAAGGAGUUCCGCGACGGGUUCGGCGAUUUGGACAACGAGUUUUGGUUGGGCUUGGAGAAAAUUCAUCAGCUAACGACGGCUCGUAAGCAUGAGCUGAUCGUCGAAUUGAAGGACUUUGAUGGAGAAUACAAGAGGGCUCGGUACGAAGCAAUCGAAAUCGGAAAUGAGAGAGAAGAGUACGUUCUGAAUCUGGGAUUGUAUCAUGGAACUGCAGGCCAUGGAAUGUGGUUGAAUAAAGGGAUGAAGUUCUCGACAAAGGAUCGCGAUAAUGAUGAGGACAGCGAUGCACAUUGCGCACAAAUCCACGAAGGCGGUUGGUGGUAUAAGGCCUGUACCGACGCAAAUUUAAAUGGCCGGUACUUGAAUGCUAAGAAUGAUAAAUCAAUGUUUUGGUAUGAUUUCGAUGACAACAAUCAAGGGUUGGCUUACUCAAGGAUGAUGAUCCGGCCGAACUAA